AACAUAAAUCCAUAAGUCCAGUGCUGUGCUAACCGUGGAGGUCAACGGGGCUUUGUGCCGGUGAUAUUUAUCAAUCGCCUUUCCAAGUGUUGCCUUGCGGAUGCGAUGGCUUUUUCCCUUUUGCGGAUCAGCCGAUGCAUCGCCAUAGUCCCAGGCCUCCCGACGAGCUGCAAUGUUGCGGUUGCGAGAAGUACGGUACAUGUGCAGCAAGUGGCCGGCAUGAAAACGCGAGCAUUCAGGGAACGCGUUCCUAAACCAAAGCCCUUUCCGUACGAGACGAAAGAUUUCAAAAGCUGGCACAGCCUUUUCGACUCGACACUCUCUCGCUUCGACGAGAACACUCGCUUGAUCAUAGUGGAAGGGAACAUUGCAAGCGGCAAGUCCGCGCUCGCCAAGACCAUCGCUGAAGAGUUCGAGCUGAAGCACGUUCCAGAAGUCUGCUUGGACAACUUUUACGUGGAUGACUAUGGUUUUGACUACCGAAGUGUUAACCAUCUUCUGCCGGAGACUUCCCGGAUGUUCGACAUCAAGCAGUUCUACCAAGACCCUCACAACAUAGUUGUGGCGAAAAUGCAAAUGCUAAUUUAUACCUUAAGGUUUGAGCAAUACGUCGACGCCCUUGUGCACAUAAUGAACACAGGUCAGGGGGUUGUCUUGGAGCGCAGCUGCUUCACUGAUGUUGUCUUUGCUAAUGCAAUGCACAAGUUUGGCUACAUCUCUCCAAAGGCAAUGAAGAUGUACCAUGAAUGUAGGAAGUACACUCUCUUUCAACUGCUCAAGCCUCACUUGGUCAUUUACCUGGAUGUCCCCAGCGACAUCUUGCUACAGAGAAUUCGUGAACGGAACCGACCAGAGGAAGUUAACUCAAAGGUUCUCACAAAGGCUUACCUAGAUGAAAUUGAAUCAGGUUAUAAGAAGGACUAUCUUCGCUCAAUCAGGAAGGAAACCGAAUUGCUGAUGUACGACUGGUCAAACUUUGGAGACUCUGAAAUGGUGCUCGACGACAUUGAGCACAUUGACUUUGAGGGUUACCUGGACGACCCAUAUGGAUCCAUGAUGGCCGACUGGAGGAAAAAACCAGACCUUUGGGAAUUGUAUCGUUAUCAGAUGACCUGCUGAAAAAGACGAAGUCAUGGAUAGCCUUUCAAUGAAUUUGUAUGAAGCUCCGGAGCUUCUCACUUCCGGAGAAGACCAGGAAGCGGUGGAGGACAUUAUGGAGAAGUACAACAACAAGCGAGGGUACUUCAUGAAGGGUUACAACCGGCAUCUAGGAGACAAAUGGGUUCUGUUCCGGAUGAAGGACAUCAGCAAGUGGGAACAGAUGAAGUACAGGUGGAACUUCAACAAGUACUAGCUGUAUGAGAUCCCUAAUGUAUGACCAGUGGCAUACUAGAAAUAAAUAUUAUUGUAUCCAUGGC